AUGGCGCCUCGAUACCUUUUUGGGGCCCUUCUGCUGCUGCGAAAUACCUUCGCAACACAGCAGCUUCCCCUCUUUGACCCAUCGUCCUUAUCUCAUAGCCCCGUGACCGCAAAAGAACUGGUCAGCUCUGAAUCACUGCAAGAUCGCAUUCAUGCAGACAGUCUACUUGAAAGAGCCAAGGCGCUGUACAGCAUUGCCGAACUUGGAGAAGACGAGUAUAACCAUCCUACCAGAGUGAUUGGGAGUAAAGGACACCUUGCCACCCUGGACUAUAUUUAUUCCACCAUUGCUGAAUUGGGCGACUACUACGUUCUGUCAAACCAGUCAUUCUCUGCAGUAGUGGGCAAUGUGUUUGAAUCGCGCCUAGUCUUGGGAACGGAAGUUCCCACUUCAGCUAUUGCGAUGAGUCUAACUCCGCCCACCAAGGACAAGGAGCCAGUCAUGGGGCCACUGACUCUUGUGUCAAACGUCGGAUGCAGUGAGUCGGACUACCCAGAUUUAACUGGCAAGAUCGCGUUCAUCAGCCGGGGCGAGUGUCCUUUCGGCACUAAGUCCUCUCUCGCCGGACGAGCUGGCGCCGUCGCCGCAGUAAUUUAUAAUAAUGAAAAGGGUCCACUGGGCGGAACCCUUGGAACCCCAUCCUCUGACAACAUUGCUACAUUCUCCAUUUCAGGCAGUGACGCUUCGCCGUAUAUCAAAAAAUUGAAGAACGGACAACCAGUCGAUGCCAGCGCUUACAUUGAUGCGAUCGUGGAGAAUAUCGAAACCACCAACAUCGUUGCGCAGACCACAGAAGGUGAUCCCAACAACUGCGUCAUGCUAGGUGGUCACAGCGAUAGCGUUGCAGAAGGACCUGGUAUCAACGAUGAUGGAUCUGGUUCUCUUACUCUCCUCGAGGUCGCUACUCAACUUACACACUAUCACGUCAACAACUGUGUGCGUUUCGCUUGGUGGGCAGGCGAGGAGGAAGGACUACUCGGAUCGGACUACUAUAUUUCUGUUCUUUCCGCCGAAGAAAAUCUGAAGAUCCGUCUUUUCAUGGAUUACGAUAUGCUUGCAUCACCCAACUUCGCCUACCAGGUCUAUAACGCUACCAAUGCCUUGAACCCGAUUGGAUCUGAGGAGCUGCGUGAUCUCUAUACUGACUUUUACACUUCUUAUGGCUUKAAUUUCACAUAUAUCCCAUUUGAUGGUAGAAGUGAUUAUGAUGCUUUUAUAAGACAUGGUAUUCCUGGUGGUGGUAUUGCUACGGGGGCCGAGGGAGUCAAGACAAAGGCCGAACAGCAGAUGUUUGGUGGCGUUGCUGGUGACUGGUAUGAUCCUUGCUAUCACCAGCUUUGCGAUAAUUUGGAAAAUCUCAACCUUACUGCAUGGGAGUUUAACACGAAGCUCGUUGCCCAUUCUGUUGCCACUUACGCUCAAACGUUCGACGGUUUUCCAGAAAGAAAAGGUUUUGAGGCUGCUGAUGUGCUUCCGAGCAAGUACCAUGGGCCUAAGCUUCAGCUCUAG